AGUUAAAUAGAGCUCAGCACUGAACACACACAGAUCAUUUCAUCACUUCAUCUUCUCUCUUUAGGGUUCAUGAUGUCUUUGAGAUUUCUGCUUUUAAGUCUCGUGUUGUGGAGGUCUGACUGCAGAAGACAUGCAGAAGUGCUGGAAGAUGACACCGUUUAUGAUGUGUUUGAGCUCACAAAUGUUCAUAAGCAUCAUGUGGGAGUGAGUUUAGUGAAGGGUCCGGAUCCGAACAGUCCGGCUUAUAAGAUCCUGAAGCCGAACCUGAUUCCCUCCGUACCCGAGCCCUCCUUCAGGGACCUUCUGUUCUCCAUUCACACCGAGCGAGGGUUCAUCCUCACGGCCAACCUCAAACAAGCCAAACGGACCCGGGCCAGUCUGAUCACCGUCGAGAUGAAAGACGGUUCUGGUUCGCUCUUUGAGAUCAUAUCGAACGGAAAAGCAAACAGCGUGGAUCUGCUGUACCGGAGCGCGAUCGGGCAGCAGCUCGUGUCCAUUGAAGAUGUGGAUGUGGCGGACGGACAGUGGCGGAACCUCACGCUGUUUAUUCAAGAGGACCGAGCUCAACUUCACGUGGGCUGUGAGGAGAUCAACACUCAAGAACUCGAUCUUCCGAUCCAACAGAUCCUGAGUCAGGACAUCGCGGACAUCUCCGAGCUGAGGAUCGGCAAACCAGCGACUAAAUCUGAUCGAUUCAUGGGAGUUUUGCAGAAUGUGCGCUUUGUGUUUGGUACGACGGUCGACGCGAUUUUACGCAAUAAAGGCUGUGGGAGCUCCGCCUUCAUCACUGACGUCAUGACCUUAGAGAAUAUAUCCAGUCCAGCCAUCCGCACACAUUACACUGGACACAAAUCUAAAGAUUUACAGGACAUCUGUGGUUUCUCCUGUGAGGAUCUGAGCGGUAUGUUCAAAGAACUCAAAGGUCUCGGUGUUGUGGUGAAACAGCUGUCAAAUGAGCUUCGACAAGUGACAGCAGAUAAUAACUUAAUCAAGACCCAAAUAAAAAUCCACGGAGGAGUUUGUCUGCACAACGGUGUUGUUUACAACGAUAGAGACGAAUGGACGAUUGACAGCUGCACACACUGCACGUGUCAGAACUCUGCUACAGUGUGUCGUGAAAUCUCUUGCCCACUGAUGCCCUGUGCCAAUGCCACUGUUCCAGAUGGUGAAUGUUGUCCACGCUGCGGUACUCCAAACGACGAUGCCGAAGACGGCUGGUCCCCCUGGUCUGAAUGGACGCAUUGCUCCGUGACCUGCGGCAGAGGCAUUCAGCAGCGCGGACGUUCCUGCGACCGAAUCAACAGAAACUGCGACGGCACAUCGGUUCAGACGAGAGAUUGCUUCACUCAGGAGUGCGACAAACGCUUCAAGCAGGACGGAGGUUGGAGCCACUGGUCCCCGUGGUCGUCCUGUUCGGUGACGUGUGGAGACGGCGUCAUCACGCGAAUCCGCCUGUGCAAUUCCCCUACACCACAGAUGGGUGGCAGAGACUGUCAAGGUGAAGGUCGCCAGACCGAGUCGUGUCGGAUGCCUUUAUGCCCAGUGAAUGGAGGUUGGGGACCGUGGUCACUAUGGGACUCUUGUUCUGUCACGUGCGGUGGAGGACUUCAGCUCAGACAUCGUCUCUGUAACAGCCCCGCCCCCAAAUACGGCGGUAAAGAGUGUCUGGGAGACGCCAAAGGAAGCCGUUUGUGCAAUUCUCAAUCGUGUCCAAUUGAUGGAUGUCUGUCUAACCCGUGCUUCGCCGGCACUCAAUGCACAAGCUUCCCUGACGGCUCCUGGAAAUGUGGAGAUUGUCCAGUUGGAUACACUGGAGAUGGAAUCAACUGUCAAGACAUUGAUGAGUGCAAAGAAGUACCAGAUACCUGUUUUGUGCUCAAUGGAGUCCAUCAGUGUGAGAACACAGAACCGGGUUACAACUGCCUGCCCUGCCCGACAAGAUACACCGGAAAACAGCCCUUCGGCAGGGGAAUGGAGCAGGCCGUUGCCAAUAAACAGGUCUGCACACCAAGAAACCCAUGCGAGGAUGCCACCCACGACUGCAAUAAGAAAGCCAAUUGCAUUUAUCUGGGUGUCUUCUCGGACAUCAUGUACCGCUGCGAAUGUAAACCGGGCUACGCUGGGAACGGUCACAUCUGUGGAGAGGACACAGACCUGGACGGCUGGCCAAACAGCGAUCUCAUCUGUGUGGAAAAUGCAACUUACCACUGCAAGAAGGACAACUGUCCUGAUCUUCCCAACUCUGGGCAAGAAGACUACGACAAAGACGGAACCGGCGACGCUUGCGAUCCUGACGAUGAUAAUGACGGGAUCCCUGAUGAUGCGGACAACUGCCCGUUCAUCUUUAAUCCAAGACAGUACGACCUAGACCGCGAUCAAGUUGGUGAUGGAUGCGAUAACUGCCCACAUGACAGCAAUCCAGAACAGACAGACACCGACAACAACGGCGAGGGAGACGCUUGUGCCAUCGACAUUGAUGGUGAUGGCAUUCUGAAUGAGAAUGACAACUGCCCAUACGUGUACAACACUGAGCAGAAGGACAGUGACUGGGACGGAGUCGGUGAUCACUGUGAUAACUGUCCAUUCCAGCACAACCCUGACCAGAUCGACUCAGACUCUGACAAUGUCGGAGACAUGUGUGACAGCAACCAGGACAUCGAUGAGGACGGACAUCAAAACAACCUUGACAACUGUCCUUACGUCCCCAACGCCAACCAGGCCGACCACGAUAAAGAUGGCAAAGGAGACGCCUGCGAUCAUGAUGACGACAACGAUGGCAUACCCGAUGACAAAGACAACUGCCGACUCGCCCCCAACCCAGACCAGUUAGAUUCUGACGGUGAUGGCCGAGGCGACGCCUGCAAGUAUGACUUUGACCAAGAUAGCGUGCCUGAUAUAAACGACGUUUGCCCAGAGAACUUUGCCAUCAGCGAAACAGAUUUCCGCAGGUUCCAGAUGGUUCCUCUAGACCCCACGGGAACUUCGCAAAUCGAUCCCAACUGGGUCGUCCGUCACCGGGGCAAAGAACUUCUGCAGACGGUCAACUGUGAUCCUGGCAUCGCUGUCGGUUACGACGAGUUCAAUGCCGUGGACUUCAGCGGGACGUUCUUUAUCAACACCGACCGUGACGACGACUAUGCCGGCUUCGUGUUCGGCUACCAGUCCAGUUCUCGAUUUUAUGUGGUGAUGUGGAAGCAGAUCACGCAAACCUAUUGGUCUCACACACCCACCAAAGCCCAGGGUUACUCUGGACUGUCCAUUAAAGUCGUCAACUCCACCACAGGACCAGGCGAGCAUCUCAGGAACGCUUUGUGGCACACCGGAGACACUCAAGGACAAGUGCGUACCCUGUGGCACGACCCAAAGAACAUUGGCUGGAAGGAUUACACAGCCUACAGAUGGCAACUGGUCCACAGACCCAAAACUGGACACAUUAGAGUUAUAAUGUACGAAGGGAAGAAAGUCAUGGCUGAUUCUGGAAGUAUAUAUGACAAAACAUACGCGGGCGGAAGACUCGGCCUCUUCGUCUUCUCUCAAGAGAUGGUUUACUUCUCAGACCUCAAAUAUGAAUGUAGAGAUGUAUAAACAUGAAGGAUCUGCUGCUUAUCGAUUAUUAUCCAUCUGUUUCAAUCUGGUGGGAUCAAGAAGCUGGAAAAAACUUCUAACCAUUCCUUUCACUGAGGAUCUAAAUAUCAGGAUGGUGGGAGCCCGCAGAUGAACUUUUUGGCUCUCAAUGAGAAAGAAACGUCACAUCAGGUUUUCCUUUCUAAACCUUUGCUGGGUAAAUUCAUUUUUUAAUAAAAUCUCUGAUCUGCUGUGGACGAUGAAUGAAGGAGCCCUCACGAACUGAAGCUUCUCCUUGAUUCUUGAGGAGUGACGCACAGACUUUGUUUGACAUUAUGUGAAUGUGAUCUUUAUCCUUGAGACCUUCAGGAUUCAAGAGUUACUCAUCGAUUAAUCAUCCUGCAUUGAUAUUGAUACAGCCAGAGCCAAUUUCUAAUCAAUAAUGUCAUUAUUUUAAAAGAGUGAAAUAUUUCUCAGGGCUGGAUGUGAACUUUUUUGUGAUUUGCCAGUUGAAGAGGACCUUUCUUCUCCUUUAAGAAGAUGAACGCAUAGAUGCUCACAGCAUUUGCACAGACGAGCAGGAAGGUGUUUAAGAUAUUACGGAGAGAUGAUGGCUGAUAAUAGACUCUCACGGGCCAAUGCCAAUUACGCUAACAAAACUGGAGCUUCAUCAUCUUCGUCUUGAUGGAAUGAUGAAGAGUAAACACAAAUAUUACCUCACAGUUGUACAAUUGAAAUCAACAACUCAAAGAUAUUUUCCAUAUUUUCUGUUUUCUGUGUAAUAAAACACUUCCUUCUGUAAAUAGUACAAAAUACAUUUUUGGAAGAAAUGCCCCAGUACGACAUGAAUGGAAAGUUGUAUAUAGAAAUAUUGAUGCCUUUUAAAAAAUAAGUUAUUAGUCAAUUUGUUUUGAAAUAAUGUCAUGUGUACAUAUAUGCUAUUUAAAUAAUUUAUAAGGGAACGUAACCUGAUAUCUGAAAGUGUUUUGUAUAAACUGUUUGCACACUGAUGUAAGAGAACGAUUGGACUUGUUUAUUUUUUUAUUAUUAAGGAGGCUUCAGUUUUACACAAUGAUGAUGUUUUGCUUCUUAUUAAAAGCAUUUCUAACUAACAAAGAGAAA